GGUAGCCACUGUACACAGAUUCAUAACAAGUGAAAUGGAAAUCAUUGUGCAAGUUUAAGGCCGGAAAAUGUUGGAAACAAAUACUACCGAUGAUACGGAGAAUAAGUAUGAACAUAAUCAGGAUGUGGAGCAAGAAUGCAAGUUAAUCGAAAAAGCUUACGAGGAGUUCAGUAGUGGCAAAUACGAGCAGUGUCUGGAAACUCUUGACGAGCUUGAAAAAUAUAAUGGAACAAAUAAUAAAUUACAGCAUAAUCGCGCUGUAACGAAGUUCUAUCAGUGUGGCUGUAAGGACCAUGUCACACUCUUGGAAGCACUUAAGGAAAAUGCUAAUAAAGCAGCUAGUCCAAUCGCGCGCUAUAACAUGGCCGUAAUAUAUUAUCAUCGACAUAUGUUUCAAACCGCGAUCGAGACGCUUAUGCCGCUCGUGAACCAGCUUGACGAUCUUGAAGAACAAAUAGCAGGACUAGUUAGUACAUUUACUUUGCGUUUGCUGCUCGUCACCAAUCAAUUGCGGAAAGCGGCUGCCUUUUUAGAAAUGUUACAAUCACCUGAACGCAACUCGUCUCUAAACUUGAACAGAGAAACACUGUUAAGCGAAGAAGCUUCGUCUAGUGAAUUGGCGGCUACAAACCACGAAAGUUUUCAACGCGCGUACAAGUUCCUAGCUGUGCAGACAUGCGUAUUAAAUCGUAAACCCAUUGUAGUAGCUGAAGAUGGGUCAGCAGAAUUUUCCGCACUUAAAGCUCAUCAAUAUUACAUUAUGAAAGACUUUCAAAUGGCCGCUAAACAGUUGAAAAAGGUUAACGAAAUCGGCGCAAUGAGUGAGAAUAGCUAUAUGCUCAAUACGUGCAUUGCCAACAAUAUGGGCGUGAUACAUUUACGGGUACGUCAUUAUGCGAUUGCAGCAAAAUUCUUUCAGGACGCUAUAGCGUUCGACAAACAUAUUGCGGCUAAUAUGCGUAACAUUUCACUGUAUGAAAUGAGUACAGCACGCACUUGUGAAAUACUCUACAAUUUGGGUAUUGCAAUGCUGCACUUACGUCGCCCGAAAGAAGCCUAUAAAUGCUUUCUGGUGCCUCUGAAAUCAUAUCACAGCAAUCCGCGUUUAUGGUUCCGUAUAUCUGAAGCCUGCAUAAUGGAUCAUGAAAUGAAAAUGUUGGAGGAGGACAAGAAGCCAAUGAUUACAUCUGUAGCAAAUACUGGAGGACGUAAAAUGUACUUUUUAAAACCCUCAAACAACGUAAUUUAUGAGCAGGAACAAGUUACUGAGAAAUCCGGGCCAACGCUACGCUUUGCUGCAAUGGCAUUACGUAACGCGCUCACUCUUACUACGUAUUAUAAAAGCGUAUUUGAAAUGCCUAAAGAGGAUGAAUUGCCGACAGAGGCGGAGAAAGAAAAUUGGCGUAAUGUCAGGGAUAACAAUUUCUGCAAUCCUUCGCGACCGAUUUCAAAAACUUCAUUUGACAAUAUGUUAUGUGCUAUUCAUGCGGCAUACAGUUAUGUCUCACUCUGUUUAGGCGAUUACAUGUGUGCUUACGAAAUGGCACAGGAACUGCUGAAGGCUGAAAAACUUUCGGAUGCGCAUAGGCUUUUGGCGCAUAUGUAUGCGGGGGAAGCAUUAAUAAUGCUGGAUCGAUUGAGUGAGGCACGUCCGCAUUUUGAACCCACAUUUGUGUCGUCCCUAAAUGCAUUUGAUUUCGAGACGAAAGAUUGGCGUGUAAAAUCUUUGGAUGCUGCACAGAAUGUGGUGCGGUAUAAUUUGGCUGUGGUAAUGGCACUGCAAGGAGAUUUCGAGUUAUCAAGAAAUUGUCUGAGUAGCUGUACUCAUCCAAUUGUGGCUGCUAAAGUUCUAUCGCUGAAGACUUAUCUCGACAUAAAAAUGGGGAAAGGUACAUAACAGAGUUUUAGGGGGGGAGUUUGCUAUAUAUGUAUAUUGUGUGCUUUAUAUAGAUUUGUUACAAUUUGGAAUUACAUUUUCUGGCAAAGAUGCAAUUACAAAAACAAAGUUAUAUUUUCAUGGCAUUGUGUACAAAUAGCGCAAUAAAAAUAAAAAUACAAUUAAAAAAAUA